ACGAAUCGAGGAAGGGGAGGGUGAUAGAUAAUUUGCAGAGAUCGGUUAAGAUCAGGGAUGAAGUUCUACAAGACAUGCAAAAGAAGUUCGACGAUUUGUGUGAACAAAUGUACUCCUCCGAAGACCAACCAACUAUUCAUACUCAUAAGGGUUCUUCAGAAAGUGAUGAAUUCAGGGAGUAUAUGAUGUCAGAAACAAAAGUAGCUAAUUUCUGCAGCACUGUGUGCUCGCUUCCUCAAUUGAAUCCUGAUUGUGGUGUUCCUCCUCUUUCUGGGAAUUUGUCGAAUUGGUCAAAGGAUCCUGGAGCAGAAUUGUGUAUGGUCGAGGCCUUUACUACUAGUCAUCCGAGUAUGGGGGAGCCAGAGGAACGCCGGAUGUCAGAUUUAUCUGAUUUUUCUAGUGUCAGUUCUUCUGUGGAUAUUCAUCAGCUGCGGAGCACAUUGGCAGAAGAGCAAAAUAUUUACAAUCUUCGGAAGGAAUGCCAACAGAAGGAUGCAAUAAUAGACAAGCUAACUGCUGAAGCUCAUGAAUCCAGCAUUGCUCACUCUAAGAGAAUUUCAGAGUUGGAAGAAAUCAUAAGAACGAAGAACUUGAUUAUAACAAAGCUGAAAAAGGCUAAGCCGGCCUCAGAAGUCAUCCAGCCGAUGAGAGAGCAAAGACCUUCGACUGCAUUAAACACAGAAAACAAAACAACCCUGGCAAUGACCACUAAUAUUCUCUAUGACAUGAGUAGCUCUAGCUCAUCAUCUUCGGAUUCUGACACUCCAGUUCAUCAAAAAGAUCGUCAACCUCAAGCUUCAGUCAAGAGUGAUUCUCAACCAUCAGCGAAGUCUCUGGGAUAUUCUAACUUGCCACCCAACAAACGCCCGAAGCACCGACCUGCGAGUCCUGUUAAAGCUAGUUACAUUGUCUCGAGAGCUGAUUCUACUGGGGCGUUGAGGCCUAAGCGCUUGGUUUCUGCUAGUGCUGUGGCUUCACAGAAGAGAUGGGUUUAG